AUGCAUUUCACCACUGUUCUCGCGCUGGCCGCCGCUGGCCUCGCUGGCCAGGCUGCUGCCGGCCCUCACCUCAACCACCAGCAUGGCGUUAGACAUGUUCGCGAGAAGCGUGCCCUUGUGACUGAGCUCGUCACCGUCACCAACUGGGUCACCGUCACCGUUACUGGUCACUCGCCUACCGGUCGUCGCCAGCACUACACCAACACUCGCAAAGCCAAGAAGGUCAAGCCUACUCCUUCCAGCCAGGCCGCUCCUGCCCCGCCUCCUCCUCCUCCCGCGUCUGUUGCGCCUGCCCCGGAGCCGACCACGGUCAUCACUCGUGUUCGCCCUGCUGACCCUGAGCCCACUCCCGCUCCGGUCGAGCCCCCCAAGAGCGAGCCCACGCCUCCUCCCCCGGCUCCUGUUGUUGUCUCCAGCCAGGCCCCCGCGGUGGUUGUAAAGCCAGAGCCAGUUCCCAAUCCCGCUCCUGCCCCUGCCCCGGCCCCGGCUCCAGCUCCAGCUCCCGCGCCCAAGGGACAGAGACUUGGAGCAGGCUUGGCCUACAAUAACCCUAACUUGUUAAAAACCUUGCUCGGAUCUGGCACCAAGAUUGGCUGGACCUACAACUGGGGUCAGCGCGAUGACUCUGGCACUGGCCUUCCCUUCAUCCCCACACUCUGGGGUCUCAAGCUGGAUUUUGCUCAGGUCUGGCCUGCCAAUGCCCAGAGAGCCAUCGACGCUGGCUCGCCGUGCCUUUUCAGCUUCAACGAGCCCGAUCACGGAACCCAGGCUAACCUCUCCCCCGAGGUUGCCGCUGCCAAGCACAAGGAGCUCAUGAACCCGUUCCAGGGCAAGGCGCGUAUUGGUUCACCUUCCAUCACCAACGGCGGUGGCCCCGACAUGGGCAUCGAGUGGAUGAAGAGGUUCUUCGCUGCCUGCAACGGCGGGUGCGCCGUCGACUUUGUCAACAUUCACAUUUACGGUUUCAGCACUGAGCAAUUCUUGGACCACCUCGUCAAGGUGAACGAGCUGUUCAAGAAGCCCGUGUGGAUCACCGAGUUUGGAUUUAAUGGAUCCGACGACGAGAUUGCCCAACAGCUCAAGACCGUCAUUGACGCCAUUGACAACGACCCCAAGUAUGCCUUUGUCGAGGCCUACUCUUACUUUAUGGUUGAGGAGGGCAUCCUGGUCAAGGGCAACCAGCCCAGUCGCUAUGGUAGGACUUUUGCCUAUGGCGGGGCCAACUAA